CUCCUACUCCCUCUUUCUAUCUAUACGGUAAAUACUAUUCAGCACUUGUAUUAUACUCGGGUUUCUAUCAUUUCUAUACUUCAAUCAUGGCAAACCAGACCGGACGCAAUUCUCAAGCGCAGGAGCGCCUUUCGCAGGUCACCGGCCACCUCAGUGGCAAGAAGGGAAGGCAAGGGCUUCUUGAGAAGCAUGCCGAUGAUGUUGUCGUAACAUGCGCCCUCCGCACCCCCUUCACAAAAGGCGGAAAGGGUGGAUUCAAGGACACCGCCGCCGCUGAUCUUCUCCACGGUGCAUUCAAGACCCUUAUCGAGCGUUCCGGCAUCGACCCCAAACUCGUUGAAGAUAUCGCUGUUGGCGCUGUGCUUGCACCAGGUGGUGGCGCAACUGAGUUCCGUGCCGCGGCCCUCGCAGCUGGAUUCCCUGUUACCACAUCUUGCAAGUCGUUGAACAGGCAAUGCUCUUCUGGUCUCCAGGCAUGUGUUGACAUUGCCAACGCCAUCAAGUCCGGCAUGAUCGAGAUUGGCAUCGGUGCCGGUGCAGAGAGCAUGAGCCAACAGUAUGGCCCACAAGCCGUUACUGAGUUCUCAGAGCUCCUCGAAAGCCACAAGGAGGCUGCCAACUGCAAGGUUCCAAUGGGUGUCUUGUCGGAGAAGAUGGCAAAGAGCAAGGGCAUUGCCAGGGCAGACCAGGACAAAUUUGCCGCAGAGAGUUUCCAGAAGGCCAUCGAGGCCCAGAAGAAGGGUCUCUUCGACGAGGAGAUUGCACCCUUGAAGGUGAAGUGGACAGACCCUAAGACCGAUGAGGAGAAGGAGAUCACCGUUUCCAAGGAUGAUGGCGUCCGAGAGGGCAUCACAGCAGAGUCGUUGGCCAAGAUCCGGCCUGCAUUCUCGAAGGAUGGCUCAAUCCAUGCCGGAAAUGCCUCUCAGAUUUCCGAUGGUGCCGCUGCCGUUCUUCUCAUGAAGCGCAGCACCGCAGAGCGCCUCGGCCAGAAGAUCAUCGGCAAGUUCGUCCAGGCAUCCAUUGUUGGCGUGCCACCGCUACUCAUGGGUGUCGGCCCAGCAGCCGCUAUCCCUGUUGUUCUUGGAAAGACUGGCCUUGACAAGGACGACGUCGACAUCUACGAGAUCAACGAGGCUUUCGCAAGCCAGUGCUUGUACUGCAUCAACGAGCUCGGUUUGGACAAGGCCAAGAUCAACCCCAAAGGUGGAGCCAUCGCAUUCGGACAUCCUCUUGGUGUUACUGGUGCAAGACAGGUCAGCACACUCUUGACUGAGCUCAAGCGGACAGGAAAGAGCGUCGGUGUCACAUCCAUGUGUAUUGGAACUGGGUAAGCAUAGAAUCUCCAUUCUUGUGGGGACGCCAGAGGCUAACAAAUUUCAGAAUGGGCAUGGCCGCGGUCUGGGUUGCUGAGUAAGGGAGAGAAGAGAGAUGCAUUAUCUUCUUGUAUUUGUAUACGGGACAUUUGAGGAGACUUUUAUGUUGAUAUUUGAAGUUAUCUCGCAAUUUACUACGCCUCAAAAGCUGGGCAUUCAUGAC